UAUACAUAAUCCAUCGCCAUACACUGGUGAAAGCCUCAAAGCGUACAAGAGUCCCGAGGCAUAUCGGUACUUUGUUGGGGGCUGGGUCCUUGACUCGAAGAUAUGGCACCUUCACAACAAGAUGUUUCUCGUGAAAGGAAAGAUGGGGACGUGAGUGCGCUAACAGGAAGGACACAGUACAUCACAGCAUUGCAAGAUCAUCACAUUGAUUUUCAAGUGCAGACAACAGGCCUAAUCAUCAACAAAUCACUGCCAUGGAUCGGUGCAUCGCCGGAUGGAACUAUUACCUGUGCUUGCCACGGUAGAGGUGUGCUUGAGAUAAAAUGCCCUUUUACUCUUAAAGAUGAGUCUAUUGUCAACAGCUGCAAUGCUGACACAAACUUCUGUCUAAUGGCAAAGGACAAUGUGAUAGCGCUAAAGCCAAAUCACAAAUAUAUGGCACAAGUCCAAGUACAAAUGCGCAUUGCUGAGGUCCAGUAUGGUGACUUUGUAGUGUGGAGUCCCACUGAAAUGUUUAUUCAGCGCAUUCAGUUUGAUGAAGUGUUCUUCAAUGAGACAUACAGUGGAGUAGAAAAAUUUAUUAAAACUAGGAUUUUGCCAGAACUUCUUGGGAAAUAUUACACAGUACCACGUCCAGUGGUUUCCCCAACCUCAGAGCAACAGCCCCAGUCAGGGUGCUAUUGUGGUGAGCCACAGGUCUUGCUUGCGUUUGACUAGAGUUCCAAAAGUGUGGAAAUAUUAUGAAUGCAGGAAA